UUUGAGACACCAUAUCAUUCACAAAGCAUUUUGACAUCUCUCUCUCUAUCUCGCUUUCAUUUCAUACCAUGGCGAUUGAAUGUAUGAUCCCAACACCAACUCCUAAUCAUGAGCGCCAAGAAAUUGAAAAUAAGCCUGCAGCAGCGGUGGUUUUCGACUCCUCCGUCCUCCGCCACGAGUCCAACAUCCCAACGGAAUUCCUGUGGCCGGACCACGAGAAACCCGGCCCCUACGCCGCCCGAGAAUUCCAGGUCCCGGUCAUCGACAUGGCUGCCUUCCGUUCCGGCGAUCCCGUGGCCGUGGCUGAAACUUGCAAGCUGGUGGACGAAGCCUGCAAAAAACAUGGCUUCUUUCUGGUAGUGAAUCACGGAGUUGACACAGAGCUCCUCUCCGACGGUGUCCGUGAAAUGGACCGCUACUUUGAGUUACCUCUGUCCUUCAAGGAAAAAGCUCUGAGAAAGCUGGGCGAGCAUUGCGGUUAUGCCAGCAGUUUCACCGGCAGGUUCAACGCCAAGCUGCCAUGGAAGGAAACUCUUUCUUUUAGAUUUUCCGCUGAGAAAGAAUGUUCCCACGUAGUGGAAGAGUAUUUCGAGAAAACACUGGGCCAAGAGUUUGCUGAUCUUGGGGAGCUUUAUCAAAAGUACUGCAAUGCGAUGAACACACUGGCUCUGGAGAUCACGGAAUUGCUGGGCAUGGGUUUAGGUGUAGACCGAAAGCAUUUCAGUGAAUUCUAUCAAGAAAACGACUCCGUAUUGCGACUGAACUACUACCCACCAUGCCAGAAACCAGAGCUCACCUUAGGGACCGGACCUCAUUGUGAUCCAACAUCCUUAACCAUCCUCCACCAAGACAGCGUGAGUGGGCUUCAAGUAUUUGUGGACAACGAGUGGCGUGCAGUUAACCCCACCCCCAACGCUUUUGUCGUUAACAUAGGCGACACCUUCAUGGCACUUUCCAACGGAUUAUACAAAAGUUGCAUGCACAGGGCUGUGGUGAACAACGAGAUUCCCAGGAAGUCCAUAGCUUUCUUCCUGUGUCCUCACAAGGAUAAGGUGGUGACGCCGCCACCAGAACUGGUGGACGCCACUCAUCCUAAACUAUAUCCAGACUUCAAAUGGCCGGCCCUCCUUGAGUACACCCAGCUGCAUUACAGGUCUGACACCGACACUCUUCUCAACUUCGCUACAUGGCUCCAACAGAACCAAACCCUCCAUGCAACCCAGGCCUAAGCAGCAGUAGCACUACUAAUAAUGUUCUAUUUAUUAUCGUAUCGUCCCUACUUUUCUACCUACCUAAUUCCCAUUGUCCUUAGUCACCACAAAAAAAUAUGAGGAUUAUGAUGAUGAUGUCAGCACCUAAAAAUAAUAUUAAUUAAUGGUAAUGUCGUUUCUUAUUUCGUAUUU